AUGUCUUCUUCUCGAAUUACAUGCAUUUAUAUUUUUUGUUAUGAAAAAACUUUUCAUGAAACAUUUUUAUCUAAAACACAAACCAAUAUUCGAGGAGUUUUCAAUCGCACUGAUGAAUUAAUUAAAACAUUAAGUACUGAUAUAAGAGCAUAUUGUGAUCGAUGGGCAUUUGACGAACAAAGUUUUUGGCAGGAAUAUGAUCAAUCGUAUGAUUUUUAUCAUUUAAUCAAUUCAAUUCUUGCAAAUCUUUCAACUACUAAAGAAGCACGAGAAGAAUUUAUCGAUGUUUGUCGUGCAUAUUAUCGAAAAAAUUCAACUAUGUUAGAGAAAGUAAAAGAAUUUGAAGAUAAUUAUACAGCCGAUAAAGUUAUUCGAUACUACACUCAAGAAGCUUGGUAA